UUAUAGUCGGUAGGUAAUUCUCUAUCCAUUGUAUAUGAUUUAAACAUUAUAAACUGUAAACAAUACUAUAAUUAUUAUCGCGUCGUAAUUUUUUUGUUAUUAAAAUUUAAUAUUUAUUGUAUUUUGAAAGAAUACUAUCACCGUAAAACUUCGACCUUUGAAUUAUUGAUAACAAUGGCUCCAUGUUAUCUUCUCGUAGCAAUAUACAUAUUUCUCUUCUCGUUUGUUACAUUUUAUUAUCAGUAAAUAAUUCGAUAUUUAUUCUGUUAACUUAAUUUUUAUUUUGUACUUAAAUUGUAAACUAGUUUGGUAUUUCAUGUUGUAACGACGAUCUAAUUAUCAAAAUACAAUAAUAUUUAUUCUCAAAUUUGUGAUGGAUAUACUGCUACUGUUUUUGGUUGAUGAAUUUAACCAGGUUAACUUUAUAUACACUCCUUAGUAAAAAGUAUCCAUAUAAUACAUUUUUAUAUCAGUCAAUUUGUCCGAUAACAAUCACCAAAUAGCAAUAAUUUGGUACAAGUCAGUUACAUCUUUGUCAAAUGUAUUGCACAACUAACAAUGAAAGAAGAGGAGUUAAAAAUUAACAUCUAUAACAUUUUUGGAACAAUGUUUAUAGUAAUAUGUAAAUUUUGAAUUAAAAAUAUUUCGUUUUUGAAAAUUGUGUAUACUAAGCACUAUGGCUACUGUUGAAGAAAUUGAUGAAGCUGAACAACUUAGAUUCUUAGCAUUAAAAUCUAUGGUGAGGAGGUCUAGCAAAAAGAAUACUAAUAAUACUGAUACUGAUGAUCAAGAUAUAUUAUUACUAAGAGCAGCUGCGUUAAAGACAAUUAAUAAUAAAAGUUCACAAGGUAAUAAAGAUGAAAAAAUUGUUAACAAUCAAUUAAUUAAUGAAAAAAAAAGAAGCAUAAGUAGCCAGGUGUCUCCAUUAGUAAAUAAAAAAAACAUCAAACUGACUGAUAUGAAAAAUAAUAAUUUGGUAAACAAUGUUACUAACAAUACUAAUACAGGAAAUAUUACAAGAGUUUCGAAACAUCAUCUUGAACAAGUAUUUAAAAAUAAACAUAAACUCGAAACAAACAUUGAAUCCCAAAGUAAGUCUGAAGUCAUCAAUAAUAAAGAUGAUAUAAAAAAAAUUAUAAGGAAUGGUAGUAUUCAACUUUCAAACUUGGAUUCCGAAAAAUUCAAUGAAACUAUGAUAUUGCAUAUAACGUUUAGCUCAUCAGAAAGUGAUGAUUCGUCCAGUGAAAGUGAUGUAGCUCAAAAUAAGGUAUCAAUACCAAAAAAGAAUAUCAACAAUGGUGCAUUAAGAUCACCAGCUCCAACAUUAAAUGUGGAUCAUCAUGUUAAGGCUACUGACACUAAAUCAUUAGAAGAUAAUAAAUUAAAAAUGAAUAAUUGUAUGCAACAAAUAUGUGGACUUAUGAGACAUUGUGAAUCAGAAAUUGAAAAACGUAAUCAACAAGUGGAAAUAUUAUUACAAGCAUAUGAAAAAUACCAAAACUAUAGUGAGUCAUUGCGUUCCAUACUUCACUCAAUGAAAACGGUUCGUGAUGAAUUGUCAUUAUAUAGUUCUGCUGAACAUUAGUAUUAUUGGAGCCUAAGUUCAAAGUCUUACUAAAUAAAAAAAAGCAUUAUUUAA